AUGCGUUACCUCGGCGCGAUUCUUCUUCUGUCGGCGGUCGUGUCAGCCGGGCUGAUCACGGACCUGAUCGACGAUCUCCGAGACACCUUCGGUCCAAUCGCGCAGGAGGUGGUGCGCGGAGCCUUGUUCGCUGGCGGCGGCCUCCUCUCCGUUCUGUGGAGGCAGGUCUCGAAUGUGUUUGCAGACCUGCUCAAUCUGGCGAUCCGGAUCAAUGCGUUCGCCAACCCCCUCGGCGACGUCGAUGCGUACAUCACCCCGGCCUCUGCAGCGGGCCGCCGUAUCCGCAUCACUGGACACCACUUCCCGGACUUUGAUUCUUUCCUCGGCAUCCCCUAUGCCAACCCCCUCACGGGGCGCAAGCGAUUCGACCACCCCACUGCCUUCAACUACACCGAGGACGUACAGGCAUUCACGCACGCCAAGGCGUGUCUCCAGACGCUUCCGCUGCUCGACGGCGUCACGGGCCAGAGCGAGGACUGCCUGUACCUGAACGUUGUGACACCCACCAACUCGGUCGGCACCGAUGCCAAGCACCCCGUCAUGAUUUGGCUCUUCGGCGGCGGCUUCUUCGGCGGAGCGGGAAGCUACUACUCGACUCUUGCCCCGCUCAUGGUCAAGAAGAGCCAAGAGCUGGGCCAGCCGGUUAUCCACGUCGCGAUGAACUACCGCCUCGGCAUUCACGGUUUCGGCAUGGGCCGGGAGAUGGCGUCCGAGAAGCUGGCCAACAACGCGAUUCGUGACCAGCGACUCGCCAUUGACUGGGUGCGUGAGAACAUUGCCAACUUUGGCGGUGACCCCAAGAAGCUCACGCUGUACGGUGAGAGCGCCGGCGCCAUCUCGACCAGCAUCCACCUCCUGAACCCGGCCAACAAGGACGUGUUCAAGGGCGCGAUCAUGCAGAGUGGCCAUGCGUCCACCAUCCCCGUCCCCAAGACGGAGGACUACCAGCGCCCGUACGACGACUUUGUGCAGCUCGCCGGCUGCGCCGACCGCGAGGACACGCUCGACUGUCUCCGCGACCUUAGCGAGGACGAGAUCCUGUCCGUCACGGCCCAGCACUCCCGACUGAAGCAGUACGAGCUCGGCGUCGUGUCCGUCACCUGGCGUCCCACAAUUGACGGCGAUAUCAUCCCCGACUCCCCGUUCCGUCUCCAGGCCGAGGGCAAGUUUGCCAACAUCCCCAUGAUUACGGGCACGAACAAGGACGAGGGCACUUUGUUCGUCAACUGGCUCGCGCACAGCGAGGAGGACAACAAGCGCCUCAUCAACAACAUCCUCCCCUCUCCUAUCUCCGAGGACCUCUUCGCCAAGCUCUUCUCCGUGUACACGAACGACCCCGCCAUCGGCUCGCCCUACGGCACGGGGCGCAACACCUUCCUCCUCUCGCCGUAUUACAAGCAGGCGGCUGCCAUUGCGACGGACGCAUUGUUUGUGAGCAAAGCCAGGUACUACCUGCAGCAGGCGAAUGCGCACGGCAACCCCAACGUGUGGACGUACGCCUUCGAGGCGGCAACGCCCAUCAUCCCCCCCUUCCUCGGGUGCAUGCACGCGACCGAGCUGCUGUUCACGUACGGCAUCGUGUCCAAGUGGCUCCCGGUGGGAUGGACGAGCAAGUCGGAACGUGUCAGCCAGGCCAUGAUGGCGUACUGGAUCGCGUUUGCGCACAACCAGAACCCGAACACGAACGGACAACCCAACUGGCCCGCUCACUCGGGACCCAACGAUCGCCAGGCCCAGCUGUUCUCCGACAAGGGCGUGUACCCCAUCCCCAACACUUAUCGCGACAACAUGAUGGAGCUGUUCCAGGAUCCCGCCCUGUAUGGCGCGUUCUUCGCGUAA